AUGGCUGCAAUAACAGCAGGGCUGCAAAAGAUAAUAGCGAAACAAAAAAAGCGAAUGGAGUUCCAAGAGAAAAGAUUAGAAGAAAAACAUAAAAAGAUGAUCGAGGCUGCCUUGCUGUACGAAGAUGGUGCAUCUGGAGCAAAGGACGAGGAAGAUACCAAGAGAAGUCGAAGAAGGUCCGGUUGUGAAAAGCCCUUCCGAGGAUGCACGGAAGAGGAGGCGGAGAGCGAUCUGCUUGAGAUCUUUGGCAGCAAGUCAGACAAGUACAUGCACGUCCUCCCGGAUGGAAAAACCAUGACCGUGAUAAAAAAGCAAACAAUUAUAGAGGGGGACAUAAUCCGCAUAGAAAAAGGUGAUCUGUUCGAUGUAGGCGUGGUAAAAAGCCUGCACAAAGGCUCCUUGGUUUUAGAGGGCAAGGAAAAGGAAAAGAAGUAUCCGAUAAGCAAGCUUCUGUCUUCCAGAUACAUGAUAUUUAAGCAAAUAAAAAAUGAGCGAAGGUAA